AUGGCUCGCCCCAAGAACGAUUGGCAAAACUGGCUGUGGUCAAUGGACCUCUAUAAGGCUGCAACUGCAGGGAAGGAAGACGAAGUGCUACUAUUUCUUGAGAAAGGCGCGGAUGUCAACGCUCAAGGUGGUAGGUAUGGAACUACCCUCCAGGCCGCCGCUGCCGCAUGGAAGCAGCGCCCCGAAAUCGUGAAACUACUUCUUGAGAAAGGUGCAGACGUUAAUGCUCAAGGAGGCGAGUACGGAAAUGCCCUCCAGGCCGCAGUAUGGCAGGGGAACCCCAAAAUCGUGAAAUUACUUCUCGAAGAAGGCGCAGACGUCAAUGCUCAAGGAGGAAAAUAUGGCAAUGCUCUCCAGGCCGCCGCAUCGGAAGGGUACCUUAAUUUCGUGAAAUUAUUUCUUGAGAAAGGCGCAGACGUCAACGCUCAAGGUGGUAGGUAUGGAACUACCCUCCAGGCCGCCGCUGCCGCAUGGAAGCAGCGCCCCGAAAUCGUGAAACUACUUCUUGAAAAAGGCGCAGACGUCAAUGCUCAAGGAGGGGAAUACGGAAAUGCUCUCCAGGCUGCUGUAUCGAAGGGGAACCUCGAAACCGUGAAACUACUUCUUAGGAAAGGCGCGGACAUCAACGCUCAAGCAGGCGAGUACGGGAAUGCCCUCCAGGCCGCCGUAUCAACGGGGAACCCUAAAAUCGUGGAAUUACUUCUUGAAGAAGGCGCAGACGUCAAUGCUCAAGGAGGAAAAUAUGGAAAUGCUCUCCAGGCCGCCGCAUCGGAAGGGUACCCUAAUUUCGUGAAAUUAUUUCUUGAGAAAGGCGCAGACGUCAACGCUCAAGGUGGUAGGUAUGGAAAUACUCUCCAGGCCGCCGCUGCCGCAUGGCAGAAGCGCCCCGAAAUCGUGGAACUACUUCUUGAGGAAGGCGCAGAUGUCAAUGCUCAAGGAGGCGAGUACGGAAAUGCUCUGCAGGCCGCUGCAUGGAGUGGGAGCUCCGAAACCGUGAAACUACUUCUUGAUAAAGGCGCAGACAUCAACUCGCGGGAUGGUAGCGAGGGGCGGACGCCGCUACAUCUUGCGGUAGAGGCAGGCUCUAUAUCCGCUGUCGCUCAACUUCUCAAACAAGGUGCUCUUACCAACAUAAGAGAUUUCAGCGAUUUAAAUCCACUUGAACUUGCGGCUCAAAGGGGGGACUAUCGAAUUGCGCUACUACUUCUUUUAAGAAGCACUGACAGUCACAGCUUCGUGAAGGCUUCCACGUGGAGGACCCUCUUGCCCGGUUCUCCUGGCCACCUUGAAAUGACCAUUGCCAACACCACGACUAUUAGGAAGACGUCGGAAAGCGACAUUACGAGCAGGGGCUAUCCUCUUUCUCAGGAGGUUAAGGAAUUUGCUGCAAGGACUGAUGAUUUUAUGGGAGUAAACAGUGGCUCCAGGCGUAUUUUAUUGUCUGAUACCUCCGAUUUGGAUAUACGGGGGCUCGAAAAGACUUAUGGUAUCCUAUGGAUGAUGACUAAGCGUCAGGAUAUAACGGCCUCGGAGAGUGCUCUAGAAUCUAAAAUAUAUUUCAGCACCUCCGAAUAUGCACAAGUGCCCUCUCGCGCCGCUGAUCUUUUCGCUCCCCUGGUUCAGCAACUCCUACAAGAGUGGGACCGUACCUUUCAGGCGGCAGAAAGUCGCUUGGCAAUAAAACGUACGGAGUUGCUAAGAGCGAAUGGAAGAAACCCGCGCUUAAUUCGAGACCUACUGGGCGAUGCCCAACUGUGGGAUCUGCUACGAAGGAGCUGCAAUAAACAAAUUGCCGAGCUCAUGGCAUUUCGGAACAAGUACGAGAGUCAGUCAUGGGUUGUCCUCCGUGACAACGAAUCUACAGGAAGUGAAGAAGAAAAUAAAGCGAUGGUGAUAUUUCAAGAUCAAAUCAACAGACUAGAAGAGGUUUAUUCAGAAGGGUUGAAAGCUCUUAUGGAAACUUCCAAGGAUCUUAUUCAAUUAGAGUUCAAUCUUACAUCAAUCUCAGAAGCACAGAAGUCAGCAUCGACAAACAAGAGCAUGAAGCGCCUUAGUUGGAUUACGUUUGUUUUUCUCCCACUGAUGUUCAUCGCGAGUCUUUUUGGUAUGAACAUCGAUAUCUUGGCGUCCAACCCACCUUGGUGGUUUUAUAUCCUUUUUGCCGUGGCUACUACGUUGCUGACGCUGGCCGUAUGGUUGAUUUUCAAGCACAAUAGUGAUCCAGAGCAAGACCUUGAGAAUGGACAGCGAUGA